UUUCUCCUGUAAAGUGUCCUUCAAUUUUUUCAGAGCCCAUUACUUAUUUCCUUCUCUGAAACCCUCGGAAUGGUACCACACAGUUUAGUUCUUAUUUGUUUCAUGUGUGUUUUAUGUCCCUAAGUAGAUUGUAAGCUCCUUGAGGAUAGGGAAUGUUUCAUAUGUAUGUGAAUAAAAGACAUGUUAAACUCAAAAAUAUGUUGUUCGGUCUCUUUCUGUUUUGUUUUUUAGGGGAGGACCAGAUUAUGGGCAGCAGUCCUUUAAAUUAAUUUAUCAUCAUCAUGGCUAAUGAGGGCUGUCCCAAGGCUGGCGAUAGUCCUUUUUCAUCAGAUAAACAUGCCCAACUCAUCUUGGCCCAGAUCAAUAAAAUGAGGAGUGGACAGCAUUUCUGUGAUGUACAGCUACAAGUUGGGGAGGAAAUUUUUAAAGUUCAUCGGCUGGUUCUGGCUGCCAGUAGUCCUUACUUUGCAGCUUUGUUCACUGGAGGAAUGAAAGAGUCCUCAAAAGAUGUUGUACAGAUUCUAGGAAUUGAAGCCGGAAUAUUUCGAAUACUUCUAGAUUUCAUUUACACAGGCGUAGUGAACAUGGGAGUGAAUAAUGUCCAGGAGUUGAUUGUGGCAGCUGACAUGCUACAGUUGACUGAAGUUGUUAAUCUCUGCUGUGCUUUUCUGAAAGGACAAAUUGACCCACUGAACUGCAUUGGGAUCUUUCAGUUCUCUGAGCAAAUUGCCUGCCACGAUCUUUUGGAAUUCACAGAAAACUACAUUCAUGUCCAUUUCUUGGAGGUUCAGAGUGGGGAAGAGUUCCUGGCACUUACAAAAGAUCAGUUGAUAAAAAUUUUGCGAAGUGAAGAGCUUAGCAUUGAGGACGAAUACCAGGUCUUCUUAGCUGCAAUGCAGUGGAUUCUCAAAGAUCUGGCAAAGAGAAAAAAAUACGUGGUGGAAGUGCUAGACCCAAUUCGAUUUCCUUUAUUACCUCCUCAGAGGCUUUUAAAGUACAUAGAAGGAGUAUCUGAUUUUAAUCUUCGUGUUGCAUUGCAAACACUUUUGAAAGAAUAUUGUGAGGUGUGCAAAUCUCCCAAAGAGAGCAAGUUUUGUAGUUUUAUGCAGACAUCUAAGGUUCGACCUCGGAAGAAAGCAAGGAAGUACCUAUAUGCAGUAGGUGGAUAUACUCGGUUGCAGGGUGGUCGUUGGAGUGAUAGCAGAGCCCUCAGCUGUGUAGAACGUUUUGACACCUUUAGCCAGUACUGGACCACUGUAUCCUCACUUCAUCAGGCUCGAUGUGGGCUGGGAGUAGCAGUUCUGGGAGGAAUGGUUUACGCUAUUGGAGGUGAAAAAGAUUCAAUGAUUUUUGACUGUACUGAAUGCUAUGAUCCAGUUACUAAACAGUGGACAACUGUAGCUUCAAUGAAUCACCCCCGCUGUGGCUUGGGAGUGUGUGUGUGUUAUGGAGCUAUCUAUGCUUUGGGUGGAUGGGUUGGAGCUGAGAUAGGGAACACCAUUGAACGAUUUGAUCCUGAUGAAAAUAAAUGGGAAGUAGUUGGCAAUAUGGCUAUGUCACGUUACUACUUUGGCUGUUGUGAAAUGCAAGGUUUAAUUUAUGUAAUUGGAGGCAUCAGCAAUGAAGGAAUAGAGCUUCGUUCUUUUGAAGUUUAUGAUCCACUUUCCAAGCGUUGGUCUCCACUUCCUCCAAUGGGAACCAGGAGAGCAUAUCUUGGGGUUGCUGCACUCAAUGACUGCAUCUAUUCUAUUGGAGGGUGGAACGAAACGCAAGAUGCUCUUCAUACUGUAGAAAAAUAUUCCUUUGAAGAGGAAAAGUGGGUUGAAGUUGCCUCAAUGAAAGUGCCUAGAGCAGGCAUGUGUGUUGUGGCAGUCAAUGGGCUUCUGUAUGUUUCUGGAGGUCGAUCUUCCAGUCAUGAUUUCUUGGCACCAGGUACUUUGGACUCAGUUGAAGUUUAUAACCCUCAUUCAGAUACAUGGACAGAAAUCAGUAACAUGAUCACCAGUCGUUGUGAAGGAGGUGUUGCUGUACUAUGAAUUAUAAACUGUAAGAGACCACAAGAAACAUUUUGAAAAUAUAAGAUCUGACCUUUUGCAAAUCACCCAUGCAUUUGGUCCUAGGACACUUUGAUUCUGUUGAGUUUCCCAUGUGUUUGAUAGAUAAAUGACUAAGAUUAUUUUUCUAAGAAUUUGAGUGAGAAGGGAUAUGGAAUAUAUCCUAAAUUAAUAAAGAGCUCACAAAAAUUUGACAGGCUUACUAAUAGAAAUGCUAUUUAUGUUCAAGAAUUGUUCAGUUAGUAUUUGUAAAAAUUAUUUGUUAGAAACUUCUCGGCAAAUUGCCCCUUUAGCAUCUUUUCCAUUGCAAUUCAAGCUGUAACAUGACUCUGUAAUGUAAGAGUAUCAGUGAAACAGUUAAAGGUUCAUAAUUCAUAAUUCAAUCCAGAACACAAUUUUCCAUGGCCAUAGUUUAACCUACAGGGAAGAGCCAAUGAAACAAUUUCCUACUUUUAUUUGAUGCUAGGAGUUUCAAUAGCCCCAAACAUUUUAUUGGCAACAAAAAUGUGAGAAAAAAGGGACAUGUGAGAAAUGUCUAGCUAUUUAUAUAGAGAGUUAAGUUUUAACCUGUUGAUAACAGCAUAAAAAAAGCUUUUGCUCACUUAUGUUUUUUGUUUUGAUGCUGAGAAUGCAAGUGAGUAAUUAAGAGGAGAUUCUUAGUGACAGUCCUUUAUUGCAAUAGGAUGAUGUAAUGGGUGAUAAAGCCCAGUAGGUGGUAUGCACCUAGGAAAUUUCUCCCCUAUUUUCUAAAUAGUCAUCAAAAAUAUGCUUGGCUUUGGGAAGAUGGAAUUUCAUUAGAUCAUUAAGCUUUGUAAAGCUUACUUGUACUUGGACAAGCCUAAGUAUGAGCUUCCUACAAACCUACUACCUUGCUUAGAGAAGGUGAAAUUGUAGAUGCCUGUGAAAAUUCUUACAGACACUGACUAAUAAGUAUAAAAGGAAAGGCUUCCGAUCCAACACUACCUCUCAAAAUGUAUUUUCCCCCGAGAAGCAUUCUAAAGAAUUAUUCUCUGUCCAGUUCUGAGAGGAAGAUUCAUGUACGUGAUCAUCACUUUUAAGUUAUUUCUACUAGUCAUUUGGAGCCAUUUAUAUUAAAGAUCUUGCAUACAUUAGGUUUUUACUCAGCUGAUUCCAGGAUUUGGUUAGUAUAUUCUGGAUUCCCCCUUUUCUUUUCUUUUUAAAAAUAUAUCUUCAUUGAUUUCAGAGAGAGGAAGGGAGAGGGAG